AAAGGAAAUAAAACAAAGAGACAAAAAAAAACAGAAGAAGAAGAAGAAGGAGAAGAUGGCGGAGUUGCAGAGAUCCGCCGUAACUUUCCGGCGGUCGGGCUCGUCGGGGCUGGUGUGGGGCGAGCGGUUCCUUUCCGACGACGAGGCCUGCGGCGGCGGCGUCUGCGAGCUGAGACGGUCGCAGUCCGUCGGAUCCACCCCCGAUCGCCGUAGCCGCGGCGAAGGCGGCAGCGGCGAAGGGCGCAGGCAGGCGUUCCGCGCCGCCGAGGUACCUCCGGCCGCCGACCCGCCGUCGCCGGACGUCCGCGGAUGCGACAUGCUCUGCGGGAUCUUCGGCACGGCCAGGCACGGCCGCCGAUCGAAGCCGAGGCGGCGCUGAAUUGGGGGGAACAGUGCGUUCUGCGCGAGUAUGUAUAAAAUUCUGGACCAAAUCCAUAAAAUUCAAGCUUUUGCUGAUUUUUAAUUCUUCUUGGACCGAUUUGCAAAAUGUGUGGUCGGCGAGAAAUAAAUUAGAUAAAUAAAUCUUUUUCUCCCUUUUUUUUUUUUGAA